CAAAGCUGCUGAUGAAUCAGAGGCAGAGCAGCAGCUUGUUCAGUCGCUGCCGUUCAACUUGACAAAGACACUGCGCCAUUUAAGUAUUUGGUACUUGGGACUCAGGAAAAUGCUCCCACUGGUGGUAGUCGUGCUCAUGCUCAUCUCCUUCUCCCGUGGAGAAAAUCCUGCAGUACAAGUCAUCUUGACAAAUAAAGGACUUCAGUACACAAAGCAUGUAGGUGCCGGAUGGAUUCAGGAGAAGUUGGAUGGUGUCACUCUCCCUGACAUCAGUGGUAAAAUAUUGGGCUGCAUAUACUACACAUUCUCCGGAGUCACCGUUACAAAGUGUAACUUCCCCGAGCCGUCGGUUGAGUUCUAUCAGAACGCCACAGGGUUCAAGUCCUCCAUCUCAGGCCUCAGUGUUGCAGUAACCGGCGUGUGGAAGACACACUGUGGCCUAAUAAAUGACAGAGGAUCAUUCGACCUGGCGAUAUUUAAUCUGGAUGUGAGCUCUGUCGUGGAGUUGGGAAAAGAUGCUGACGGGCAUCUUUCUGUCGCCAGUGUCCACUGUGAAGCUCAGGUUGGAAAUGUGGACAUGCAAUUUCGUGGUGGAGGCAGUUGGAUCUUCCAGCCCUUUGUGAAGUAUUUCAAGGGGCAUAUCAAGGCUAAAAUCGAGGCCACAAUCUGCCCUAAUGUGGAGGAGUCCAUUAUGAACUUGGACCACCACCUACAGGCCAUGAACGUUUCCUUUGAUGUGGAUGACAACUUUACUUUUGAACUCCCUCUCACCGGCGUACCCGUCAUCAAUGCUUCAAGUUUGAAUCUAGGUCUUAAGGGAGAGUUCUACAAUAUCAAAACCUAUACAGAACCUCCGUUUAAGGCCCAGCCUUUCAGCGUGCCCGAGCAGCCGGACUACAUGCUGUCAGUGGGCCUGUCUGAGUUCACUCUGAACUCCGCCUCCUACGUUUUCUACUCAGCUGGCCUGCUUCAGGCCCUCAUCAACGACAGCAUGAUACCUCCAGACCUCCAUGUGCACCUGAACACCAGCUGGAUGGGGCCUUACAUUCCUCAGCUUCCCAAGAUGUUUCCCGGACUUCUGAUGUAUCUGCAGAUUUAUGCCAGAGAAGUUCCAAUGUUUUCCUUCCAGCCCGGUGUUGUUAAGCUGGGUUUUCAGGGCGCUGUUAAGGCCUUCGCCAUCCAACCAAAUGGUACCGGGACCCCGCUGUUCAAACUCAAUGCUGACUCCAAACUCAGCGGUAAAGUGUGGCUUGCUGGAGGCAGACUGAAGGGCUCCGUGACACUGGAGAACUUUACACUGACGCUGGCGGACAGUGAAGUGGGACCCUUUGAGACCGAUUCAUUGGAACACUUAAUGAAGGCAGGAUUGAAGAUAGUCGUGGGAAAGCUGAACGUGGAACUGGGCGAAGGUGUUGUUUUACCCAGAAUGCUGGUCAACACAGUCCUGGGGGUGGAAGAGGGAUUCAUAGCCAUCUCUUCAGAUGCUCAGGUGGUGACAGACAGAGGCUUCAACUGACAAACAACGUGACGCAUGGGACAGGGACGCUCUUCAUCUCAGCUCAAUUGCUUCAAACUUUCAGCCUGUGAACAACUGGAUGGGUCUGACACAAGUGUGUUUACUGGGGGAAGCUCCAGCUCCCGUCUGGAUUCUGGACUGUAAAUGAAUAACAAACCUUGGUGCAGUACAUCAUCUCAAUAUACACAUCUACAGGAUUCAUGUCAAAUUAACAGUUAACAGCUGCAGUUCUUAAUGAAUUCACAAUUUGUUUUAAACAAUGUAUUAAAAUAUUUUUAAAGUGC